AACGUACUUAAAUUGUGUUUAUGAUAAUUUUUCUUUAAAUAUGGACACACUUUAACUAAAAUUGAUAUUUUCAGAAGCAAAUCGAAAGUCACUAAAAGAUGGUAGGAGAAGUGGAGAAGAUGGUGGCAGUAGGGCUUGUUUGGGGAGCGACGAAUGCCCUGAUGCGAAAAGGAGCAAUCAAAUGGGACGAAACCGUCAAAUCUUUACCUCAACCAAACACACCCCAGAACCCAGUAAUGGCCAGUCUCAAGAAUUGGCUCAAACUUGUGUUGAUAUGGCAGUAUUCUUUGCCAUUUCUCCUAAACCUGUCAGCUUCAGCUACUUUCUUUGCAAUACUCAGUGAUACACCCAUUUCUUUAGCUGUUCCUGUAACCAAUGCCACCACUUUCGCUGCCACUGCUGUAUUUGGAUUGAUUCUUGGUGAAGAGACCCGCGUUGGUCUUGCUCUUUUUGGUACCUCUCUUAUUGUUCUUGGUGUUUAUAUUUGUAUUAUGUAAUUUGACUCUUCCUUUUGGAUCUUGUGUGAUCUCAUAGAUUCAUUUAUAAUGCUGAAUAGGGAAUUUUGUUUUUAUAUAUAAUAAUCCCUAGAAAGUUUUUUUUUUCCUGAAAAUUUGGGAAUGAUCGGGUUUGAAUUGUUGAUGAUCUUGUCAAUUUGGUUUGUUAAUUUCCGCAUUUAAUAGGAGAAAUUUAUCCCCCAUUUUUUUGA